AUGGCUAGCCGACAGCAGGAACACCGAGCCCAGAAGAUCUCCAGCGCCAUCGACAGCCUCAUAGCCCACCUGAUCCCCGAAAACCCCUACGAAGACGACCAGACCGCCGAGCUUCGACACGACGACUAUGCCUCGGCCGUCAAGGCUCUUCUCGAACAACCCUCCCCGCCAAGCUAUGAUGCCGACGUCAACAAUGCCUCCGACUUGAUCAAGAGGAAGCUGAUCCAGGGAAACCCAACCCAGGCACUGCGCUUCUCCCACCUCUACACCCGACUACUCUCCCUCCCGGUGCUCAACCAAAAGUGGGCCAUCCUCUACUUUCUAUACCAGCUCUCGGACUCGCCAGAUCCCAAUGAGCCCCUCCCUCUAAGCCCGCUUGCCCGACAGCAACCUCAUUUCGACCCUCAGUUCCACCCCCAGAUCCAGGCGCAAACACCUCAACCGUCAGCAUGGCCUGCCGAACCCAGGAUCCCGGCAUAUGACGAGGUUCAGGAUGAGGAGGUCAUGGAGGAUGCCCCCUCUCCUGAAGGCUCUCACAAUCUCCCCCCAGAAAGGCCAAGACAUGGCCGAGACCAAGGUCAUACGCCUGCCCAGAGUCACCAGGCUGGUCCUGCUUCAAGAGACGAAAGGGAUGUGGCACACGACCCUUCGGAGCCGGCCUUGUUAAGGGAUCUGCCCUUCACCCUUCAAGGCCUCUCAUCGGCAACUCUCCCCUUUCUCAACGACACAACGUUGAAGCUACCACCAACGCUCCCCAUUCCCAUCAUCUCUCUUCUCAACACACUGGCCGAGCCUUCGCUUCUCUACAGAGGACUGAACGAGUUUACCAAGACGCCGGCAAACGGAUUACUGGGCCAGAGUCUACGGGCUGCCAUCAGCAAGGAGCUUCGGUCAUAUUUGACUCUGGUGGCUACCCUGGAGACCCAAAUUCGCCGCGCUCUCUCUGAGCUUGACGAGUCUGCUCCCCGUGGUGGCAUUGGAAAAACGGGCGUUACGCUCAAGCGAUGCGUGGUAUGGACCCGUGAGGCUACUAUGGGCUUGCGCCUCAUGUCUCUGAUUGCCGAGGAGAGCAAGAAUAAGCAUGGUGGGCAGCUGAUCACCCUGAUUCAUAGCUUCUCGUCUUCACACGGCGAUCCUGUCGUAGCUGCUUUCGCUGAGCGCUUGCUUGUUGACGUGACUCGGCCAUUCUACGAUAUCCUGCGCCGCUGGAUCUAUGACGGAGAGCUCCUCGAUCCUCAUAUGGAGUUCUUCGUUCGGGAACAGAACCCCCUCGAUGAGGAGAGGAAAGACGCCAAAGCUAAGGGCCAAAUGAGUGUCUGGAACUCCAAGUAUGAGCUUGUUGAGGACAUGGUUCCGAGUAUUAUCACACGCAACUUUGCUGACAAGGUUUUCCUCAUCGGAAAGUCCCUUAACUUCAUCCGCCACAGCUGCGGUGAUCACAAAUGGGUUGAGGACUACAGUAAAAAUGCAUCCAGGGAGCUCAAAUAUGGUGACACAGCUACCCUGGAAGCCUGGAUUGACGAGGCACACAGGGAGACAAUGAGCCAUCUUAUGCGUCUCCUAAAUGAUCAGUUCCGUGUCUUUGAUCAUCUAGAGGCGCUCAAGCGGUACAUUCUGCUGGGGCAGGGUGAUUUUAUUGCUCUACUGAUGGAGUCGCUGGCUCCUAACCUAGAUCGGCCAGCGGGCGCCCAGUAUCGACAUACACUCACUGCGCAGCUUGAGCAUGCCAUCCGAGGCUCAAACGCUCAAUAUGAUGAUCCAGAAAUCACCAAUCGCUUGGAUGCUCGCAUGCUUCAGCUUAGCCAUGGUGAUAUCGGCUGGGACUGCUUCACGCUCGAGUACAAGAUUGACGCGCCCGUGGACGUCGUUGUUACCGAGUGGGGCAACCGACAGUACCUCAAAGUCUUCAACUUCCUUUGGCGUAUCAAGCGUGUCGAGUUUGCCCUGGCCUCGACCUGGCGCAAGUGCAUGACUGGCGCCCGCGGCGUUCUCCAGACGUCGGACGAAACGGUGCUUCAGACAUGGAAGAGCACCCGGGGUGUCCUCGCCGAGAUGGUCCAUUUUGUCGGCCAAUUACAGUACUACAUCCUCUUUGAGGUCAUCGAAAGCAGUUGGACCGAACUGCAAAAGAACAUUCACAAGGGAAACUGCACUCUCGACGACCUAAUAACUGCCCACACCAAAUACCUCACAUCUAUCACACAUAAGGGUCUACUCGGUGCCAAACGACGACAGUACCCGCAGACAGGCGACCCUGUCUCAGCAUCUUCCACGACCGACGAAGAUCGUAACUCCUACAUGGUCCAGCUAAGCGAGCUGCUCCGGAUAAUGCUCGCCUACAGAGACAGCGUAGACGGUCUUUACAGCUGGUCCGUCUCCGACUUUACGAGACGUCAGGAGAAGGAGACAGCCGGGCUGAUCUACUCGCACCGCGGCGGGAGCACCCGAACCACGACGCGAGACCGAGCCGAUUCCCAAGCUGCGUCGUCCAUGGCUGACUCGAUGGAUCUCGAUCCGCCAUACGAGUACUUCGACGCCGCGGCGACCAGUGACGCGGGAUCAGUUAAGAGCGAGUUCCCAGCGUUGCAGGACCGGUUGAAGCAAUUGGGCGCCAACUUCAAGACCAGGUUGCAAAUCCUAUUGGGAGAUUUGGCGUACCAGCCGGAUGUGGAUAUGCGGUUCUUGGGAGUGUCGAUGAAUUUCAAUGAUGUGUAUCAACCUGUGAGGAGGAAGACGAAGACCUCGUCGAGUGCCGUCCCCACUGGUGGAGCUGCCUCUGUCGCUUCGGGGGCAUCGUCGGUAGUGGGCGCUCAGGGACAAUCUCAGGCUGGGGGGAGUGGUGGGCAAGGUGUUGCGGGAGGAGGGACGACUUUUCGUGGGACAGAUACCUCGAAGGCCUAGGCGGCAUGUGGAUCUGAUAGGAGCGAUUUGAGUAGCGAGCCAAGGUAUUUGUACCGGAGCCGGUAACGACAGGUGAUAGGUAUACCACUAGUUGUAGGAUGGGAAGUAGCGAGGGGGAUGAAACCGGACAUAACAGCGAACAUUGGAAGAACGGAUGACAAUUUGUGGACCUAUCGUGACCGAGCAUU